AUGUUAAUCCCCGCUGAUUGUACACAAGAUGACUAUAUUCGUACUGUGUCAACUGACUAUGUUAGAGAAUCGGUGACCAUGGACACUUCUGUGUCAUAUGAUGCGGCAUCCAGGGAAAACAUUCGAGACUACUUUAUCAAUGUUGUACCUGACGAAAUAGCGAAGCAUCCUGGAAUUUCCGCAUCUCUUGUGGACAUUACCGAGUACAAUCGCCUGGCCCGCAUGCGGGGAUUUAGGGAAAUAAACAACAACGCUGAGGUGGCGUACCUCAUUUAUACUCAUAGGGAUAUUCACAAGUCGCUAAAGUUCUACCCGGAGCGCCAUCGAGCACGUUGGGAGACCGUUCGCGUUGCCGUAGACGGGGUCCUACAAAGGCGCACGUUCAGAAUCCCUCUUGGUGACGGCUCCCCAGGAUCGUCGCAUUAUACAUGCGAAUUCGACUACUCGUUAAAGCCGCUGCAUGACCUGACAACGAACGUUUACGACGAGGUGGGCAAGCUAUCCCUAUACCUCGACCUCCGUAAGAAGUAUGCUGACAAGUCGCAACAAUACGACGUGUUGUCUCUGGCUAAUGCCACACCAGACUUUGCUGUUUUGGGUUACAUGCGACCCAACUAUGACCAGGAAGAUGUGACAGUGCUCGUUCAUCGUACGCGUGGUUCGUGGAUACAAAUCGCGUCCUUGCUGACCGUUAAGAUUCUAAGAGAACGAGACAUUGGCAUACGGUUUACGUUAGAAAAAGACACAUCUGCGUAUAAAUCAUGCCACGAGUGUUUGCAUUCCAAGGUAGAGAAGGUCGGAUUUAUGCACGAUGACUGGAGGGACUGCUGCGUCGCUCCCGAGAUGCUAGAUACGCACGCCCGUUUGACGUUCGAGGAUUAUCUCUGGGAGCACCACAAUGUGUACGCAAAUGGCAUGCAUCCGUACCAACAGUCUGUGUUACUCCUGGCCUGUGGAGCUGUGCAUCACUCCCUGUAUUCGAUGCAGCACAAUAUGGGAAGCCCUUCCGACAUCAAUGGAGAAUUGAAUACAUAUUUAAACAAUGAAGCCGUAGGCCCCUAUCUGUCGUUGAUGAAGCGUAUGAUCGUUCCUACCCCCAUGAGUGAAAGCUCACUCCCAGAGGCGCUCCGCGGUAAAGAGGUCACUCGUACGGAGUACCUGUUGGGAUUGUGGCUCGCCUACAUGAAUUCGGUGCAAACACUGCGCAGGGAGCUGGCUUCGGUCAAAUUUGAGGAUUAUGCGGAGUUCAUGACUACAGACGCUCUGGUGACCGACCAGCAAAAACUAAUGCUCAUGUCACUAACAAUAAUAGCGGUAGUCAGCCUAUUCUCGGCGCUGAUCAGUGGAUAUAGAUUCAAGUACAAGCAACGGAAAGACAAGCUCGAAGUAUCUAAACAGGAACGCGUGUUUCACCCUGCCACGCCAAGGUUCUACGACGCAACCGACGUGGAUACCGAUAGCGUCCAUGAACACGAUCUUCGUAAAUCCGCAACAUGGACGGCUGUAUCAUUCAGUUGA